CAGAUAUGCCGCUGUGGGAUUUCUGUGUUGUCACUUACACGCACGACGGUGUGUCCCAGAUGACCACAAUUGGCAGCAGAUGACUUUUGGAGGACGGGCAGCAUGGUCUUUUGCCCAACCUUCCCCUGUUCGAUUACCACCAGGCGGUGCGCGAACAUAGAUACCCCAUUGCUGAUUGUAAAAUGUUUCCAGUGACGGUUCUUCAUCGUACAGGUAAGCACAUUCAUUUAAUCAUUUGCAGUGCAUUUCGAGGACGCACGCCGAGUGGAGAGUACGGUCGCGGAUCAACGUCAUGGGACGGACACGGAUUGCACCAUCCCCAUGCAAACAUCACCGAAACGAGUUAUACGCCUGCCAGCGAAACUACGUGAUUAUGGGGAUGAUAAUCUACCAACAAGAAAAAAACGCGGCAACGCUCCCGCAUCUGCAAGCUAUUUGAGGUUUCCUGAUUUCUCGUUGGAGGAGUUGGCGCGGCAUAGCACGCCUACUCAGAAUGCUGAUGACGUCCAGGAGGAUUCCCACAUGCGUGGAUGUAAUGAAGUAUCCGUUCAAACGGAGGGUAUCAAAUGCUGCAGGUGUCAUGAAGCAGACAAAAGGGUCAUGCACACUUUGUACGCUGUGGUCGAUUCACUUAGACGCGUGGAGGAGACCCUUCACGUAUUGAAGGAGAGCCACGCGGCCAUGAGCCAGGCCAUGUGGACUGCGAAACCGAUGCAACCAACUGAGUUAUCUCUACCUACCUCAACCAUUGAGGAAUUCAUGGACUUGGAGGGGAAAUUGGUGGACCCCGACCUCCGUCGAGAACUGACUACUCGCAUGAACUCAACACCCGCCGGCACGGUAUCGGAGGCUGUUCGAUACAUGUUGGACAGGGUUAUGAACAGAGAUGUCUUGAGGCAGCUGAACUUCGCCGGGGCAAACAAUGCCAUACCGUUCAAGAAGACGCACACAUUCAGUGCGCUUCAAGAAGUUAUCGUUAACCGAUUUGGGGUCACGGGCAACGCCGUUGCGAACGGCGUUUGCAAAUGGCUACAGAUUACCCGGAGCAACAUGCACCGGCGUACAUCUGCCACAUCCAGCAGUCAGGAAUCGCAGCCUUUGGAUUUGAUAGAUUUGGACAAUCAAAGCAUUCGGGAAACACGGACAAACAUGUAAAUGUUUCCAUGCACAGUAAUAUAC